AUGUCUCCUCUUCCGCUUUCCUACAGCGGCAUCCCGCCCACCUUCCAAUGGCCCGUCAACUUUUGCCUCGCCCUUUCCACCAUCACCUGGAUCCUCGGGGUCAUAACCGGCAACGUCUCCCAAGUCGACAGGGUUUGGACGUUCCUACCGGCCAUCUACGCCGCCUACUACGCGUUCAUCCCCUUGUGGCCCACAACUUCUCCUGUCCCUCUCUACCCGUAUGUGCCUGAAGUCGUCGACCCGGAGAUCGUGGACAAGUUCAGCCCUCGUGCGCUCCUCAUGUUUGGUCUCAUCUUCACAUGGAUGUGCCGUUUGACCUACAACACUUGGCGCCGCGGGCUGUUCAAUCUUAAGGACGAAGAUUACCGCUGGGAAAUCUUGCGCAAGCAGAUGUCCCCCUUCGUCUUCCAGCUCUUCAACCUCACAUUCAUCGCAUUUACACAGAACGUGAUGCUCUUCCUGUUCGCGCUCCCCGUCCAAAUAGCCGCCGUCCAACAGCCUGCGGCGCUGAGCACGUCAGACUAUGUCCUUGCCGCACUGGCCCUCAUCGACCUGGCGUGCGAGUUCGUGUCAGACAACCAACAGUAUUCGUACCAGACCUUCAAGCGCUCCGGCGUCCUCGACAAGAACGACUGGCCUGGGGCGCGCAUCCAGUGGACCGCAGCGGACGCGAAACGUGGCUUCGCCACGCGUGGGUUGUGGGCGUGGUCUCGGCACCCCAACUUCCUCUGCGAGCAGAGCUUCUGGGUCAUCAUCAACCUCAUUCCCCUCCUAGGCCCCGAGAACCCUCAGCUGCCUGAGUUGCCGUUGACCAGCGUCACGCCGCUGUGGCCGCUCUUGCCGACGCUCACCGUCUGCUCACUCUUCUUCUCGUCCACGUUGUUCACCGAGAGCAUCACCGCGUCCAAGUAUCCCAAAGGGUACGCGGCGUAUCAGCAGAGGGUGUCGAUGUUCGUCCCCUUUUUGACCCCAGUAUGGGGACUUCUUCUGCAACUGCAGGGGAAGAAGGAGAAGGUGGACGCGCUCGUAUUUGGGCAGCGGGAUGAGAUGAAGAAAACGAAGUGA